AUGGUCAGUGGGUGCAUCGGAAUCAUACCCCAAAUGGUUGCCAAGAGGAGAAAAUUCAUCCAACUUAGAGAAAAGUUUUUUCAACAAAAUGGUGGUUUGAUGCUACAACAACUUUUUUCAAAACUUGAUAGUUCAGCUGAGACCACCAAAAUCUUUACUAUAGAAGAGGUGAAGAAUGCAACCAAUAACUUCAGUGAAAGUGAAAUUGUCGAUCGAGGAGGCUUUGGUACAGUUUAUAAAGGAAUUUUAUCACAAAACAAAAUAGUUGCUAUUAAAAAGUCCUCUGUAGUCGAUCAAAGCCAAGUUGACCAAUUUGUUAAUGAGGUGAUUGUACUUUCCCAAAUCAACCAUAGAAAUGUGGUAAAACUAUUGGGUUGUGGUUUAGAGACAGAAGUUCCCUUGUUGGUUUAUGAAUUUAUCACCAAUGAGACUCUAUACCACAAUCUCCAUGGAGCAGGUCAUUUCUCGUCGAUCCCAUGGGAAAUUUGUCUAAGGAUAGCCAAAGAAACUGCAGGAGCAUAUUUGCACUCUGCAACUUUCAUACCGAUCAUUCACAGGGAUGUCAAGUCUACUAACAUACUCUUAGACGAUAACUUUACUGCAAAAGUCUCAGAAUUUGGAUCUUCAAGAUUAGUUCCGUUAGAUAAGACACAGCUAACCACAAUGGUGAUAGGAACGUUUGGCUACUUAGACCCUGAAUAUUUCCAUACAGGCCACUUGUCAGAGAAAAGUGAUACAUAUAACUUUGGAGUGAUCCUUAUGGAGCUACUUACAGGUAUAAAAGCACUUUCUUUUGAUAAACCAGGGGAAGAGAGAAAUUUAGCCACAUACUUCCUUUCUUCAAAGAAAGAGAAUCGGUUGUCCUUAAUUCUAGAUGAUCGAAUUGUGAAUGAGGGUAACACGGAUGAACCAACGGGCUAG